AUGCUCGAGCUGCGCCACGCACAAACGAACAUGCCAUCAGCCGCUGUAGUAUCAUCUCUGCAGCAGCAAAAACAAACUCUAGAGGCUUUCCUACUACGUUUGAAAGCAGCUACACCAAGCCAGACCGCCGCCAUUCUUGAAGGACUCGACGUGGUCGAUGGGUCAGUGCAACUACCCAAUGUGCUUCCCAAUCAACUACCCAAUGGACGGAUUGGAAGCCAGCAAAGCCCAACUAGUCCUCCAUUGUCACCCCUGAUACAUGAGUCUAGCGAAGAGAAUGUAGACACCAGCUCAGAAGCGGGCUUCGAUCCUCUUAACCACGUUUCUGUCGAUGACCACGGCCACGUUGGCGUGUUUGGGCUGACAUCGACCCUACACGAUCCCGCUCAGGGGAGACAUUCGAGCGUCGCAGAGUUCUCCGUGACCAAGGAAACCAGUUACCAGCUCAUUGCCAACGCAGCCCUGGAACGGCAAAAGGAGUUCCGCAUCAGGCUGCUGCCAGAUAUAGAUGGAGUUCCAGUUCACAUAGCGACACACCUGCUCGAUCUGCAUUGGAAUCGGCAGCACCACACAUUUUUAUUAACAUAUCGUCCAGCACUACUUCGCGAUCUGUUGCAUGGGGGCCCGCAUUGUUCAAAACUCCUCUUGAAUGCCAUUUUUGCCUGCGCCAGCAAAUACUCGGACCGCGUCUACUUGCGCGACGACCCAACAGACCCCCUGAGCGCCGGAAAGCGCUUCUUUGAACGCUGUGACGAGCUAAUCGCUAGCGAGCCACCGUUUGGGAGGCCGAGUAUCCCCACCAUAGGCGCCUUUCUUUUGCUGGGCUCGACCUUUAUUGCCCGCGGCGACAUAAGCAAAGGCUGGUCUUACACUGGGUUCGCAGCACGCAUGGUGUACGACCUGGGCCUGCAUCUUGACUGCAGACCCGGAACAAGUCCCGAGGACGUGGAGAUCAGGCGGCGAGUCUUUUGGGGCGCGUUCAUAUGCGACAAAUUGCAGAGCCUUUACCUUGGACGACCCAUGGCCAUGCAUCUACAUGACAAUAGAUGCCCGACCGAAUUCGCUGAUACCUUUGAAGAGUUGGAUCUAUGGACACCAUAUGUCGAUACCGAAAUACCACUCUCGGGAAUCAUGUGCCAGCCAACCCCGGUAUAUUCAGUUUCCACUUUUCAGCAGCUUUGUUUCCUGUCCAAGCUGAUGACCCGCAUCAUCGAUUGUUUCUAUUCGUCUCACGCCGCGACUUCAAAAGCGGCUGCGAAUUUGCAGAUGCUGGAUGCGGCUCUCACCGAUUGGUAUAAUGGUUUGCCGUCUCACCUAAAUUUCGACCGACGAGCCAAGGAUGAGACUGUGCCUACCCCCAAUGUCCUGAAUCUUCACAAUAUCUACCACUCGCUGGUCAUACUCUUGAACCGACCAUUUGUCUCCGAUGGGCACCUGAGAACUCAAGCCAGAGCUGACACUAGAUCGUGCUGGAAGAAGUGCAUGGCAGCAGCGCGCAGCAUCACAGGCAUCGUUUGUGCAUAUCGUGCAACGUACACUCUCAGAGGUGCACCCUACCUCACCAGUUAUGCUGCUUACGUUAGCUGCACUAUACACGUCCGGAACGCGGCUUUGGAGAAGGACCAUAGUGACGGAGAGCAUAGUCGAUUGUUAUUUAGAAGCCUCAAAGCCCUAGACGAACUGUCGACGCCUAACCCAGGCGUAACGCAGCCCGCAAAGAUCAUUCGGGGCUUGAUGAGAAAGCAUGGGAUUGCUGAGCCACAAGUUACGCAAUCACCAGAUCCACUCAGUGUAGUCACCGCCGCCUGUCUGCCCGAAGUGUCACCUCAGUCUGCGACGCUGACUUCCAUAUUUGACACAUUCGCUCCUUUGGAAUUUGGUGAUGAAGUAGCACAGCAAGCCGCCACUGGUAUGGCCAGUGAGCCCUGUAUGAGUGAUGCGCUGUUUGGCUUUAUGAACGCCGUGGAUGGGUUCCAAGAUAUAGGAGAUGCAGAUUGGACUUCAGGGAAUGAUCGAAACGGUAUUAUGCACGCCUAG